UUGAUUACCUAUUAGGUUCACUCCCUCUGGGGCACCUGGCAUUGGCCACUGUUGGCAGACAGCAUACUGGGCUGGAUGGACCUUUGGUCUGACCCAGUAUGACCAUUCUUAUGUUAGAACUGGCAGUUAUCAAAACCACUGACUGUAGGGAACAGCAUAUUGGCAGUUUACAAUUCCCCUUUCAUCUGCUGUAAAACCAAUGAAUUCCUGUGUACUACAGGCUGGUUGGUAGAGGCUGCCUCAUUGUUGCUGAAUUUCAUGUACUGUGAACAGUCAGCUAAUUAUUUUUGUGAGGCUCCAUUAUAUAACAAAGACUUAUUAAAAAGAGGGAAGUAAAAAUGGAGGAAUCUCAUGCAUAUAUUUAAAAUACAUAAUCUUGUAACUCAUUAAGACCUGCCCUGCUGCUUUUUCUGAUGAUAAACUGAUUUGUACACAUCUUCAAAAAGUGUUAUGUACAGAUCCUAGAUUUUGCAAUUUAUUUUAUUUGAGUGUGUAAAAUUUAGUUUGUAUUUUCAGAUUUGUUUAACAGUUAAACAUAAAUAUAGUUAGAACCUGAUUUUGCAAAGUGCUUAGCACCCAAUUACUCAUUGAGUUUCAGCAUUAGGCCCAUUGGCUAAAAUGAAAGCUGGAUCAGUCUCUUACUGGGUGCAUUCUGGUUGGUAAUGUCAAUGUGGUGGAGUGCAAUAUUGUAGAAAUUCUCAGAAUACAAUAAUUUUUAUCUUGCACUGUUUGUUUUUUCUCCAUUUACCUUUGAUGUUUUACUUUCUACAUUUCACAGGAAAAAAAUAUAUAUUCAGUAUGAUUAAACAUACUGCUGGAAAUUCCAGUGAGCAGGAAGUUAAGGCUACAAUCACAGUUUACAAUCCAAAUAAUCAAAGUGCAAACAAAACCACCUGCUAUCUGUUGCGCCAUACAGUAUUAUUUUGGGUGGAUAUACAAGUCUUUUUAAACUGCACUCAUUUUAUAAUCUAAGUGCAAUUAUCUGCAGUUCUAGAAGCUACAACUGUUAGUAUUUUGUACUAAAUGACCUAUUUAUACAGUAUUUAGAAGAAUAUAAAUAAAUGUAUUAGCUCACCUGGUUUCAUUAUGUCAGUAGGGCCUGAUCCUAUAAACUGCUAUGCAUGCGUUCCUUAUUCAUGUGGGUAAUCACAUUCACUUCAGUUGCAUCUACCCACAUGACUGUUUGCAUGUUGGGCCUCUUCGCUUCCUGCAAGCUCUUUUUUCCUGAAGAGCCAGUGAAGAUUGUUAGGGCAAAAGGCCAGUAUAUAUAUGAUGAACAUGGAAGAGAAUACCUUGACUGUAUCAACAAUGUGUCUCAUGUUGGGCACUGCCAUCCUGAUGUAGUAAAAGCAGCACAUGAACAGAAUCAGUUGCUAAAUACAAAUUCUCGCUAUCUCCAUGACAAUUUGGUGGAUUAUGCAAAGAGACUUUCUAAAACACUGCCUGAGAAGCUGUGCACGUUCUAUUUUUUGAAUUCAGGAUCAGAAGCCAAUGAUCUUGCCUUGAGAUUGGCACGACAAUAUACAAAACACAAGGAUGUUAUUGUUCUGGACCAUGCUUACCAUGGACAUCUGACAUCCUUGAUUGACAUAAGUCCAUAUAAAUUCAGAAAUCUAGAAGGACAAAAGGAAUGGGUCCACGUGGCUCCUCUCCCAGACACAUACCGUGGAAUGUACAGAGAAGACCAUAAAGAUUCAGUCCUAGCCUAUGCCAACGAAGUGAAAAAAAUAAUUGAGCAAGCACAGAAAAAGGGCAGAAAGAUUGCUGCAUUUUUCAUUGAAUCUUUGCCAAGUGUUGGUGGUCAGAUCAUUCCACCAGAAGGUUAUUUCCAGAUGAUAGCAGAACACAUACACAAGGCAGGAGGAGUUUUUGUUGCUGAUGAAAUUCAGGUUGGCUUUGGCAGGGUUGGCAAAUGUUUUUGGGCAUUCCAGCUUCAGGGAGAGGAUUUCGUACCUGAUAUUGUCACUAUGGGCAAACCAAUGGGAAAUGGGCACCCCAUCGCCUGUGUAGCAACAACUAAAGAAAUUGCAGAAGCAUUUGCAGACACUGGAGUGGAGUAUUUUAAUACAUUUGGAGGAAAUCCUGUUUCAUGUGCAAUAGGUUUAGCAGUUUUAGAUGUGAUUGAGAAGGAACAUCUUCAAGCACAUGCCACACAAGUAGGCAACUUCUUGAUGGAAUUACUGAAUCAGCAGAAGGUCAAGCAUCCUAUCAUUGGUGAUGUCAGGGGUGUUGGAUUAUUUAUUGGAGUGGAUUUGAUAAAAGAUCAAGAGAAAAGGACCCCAGCUACUAAAGAAGCUGAGUAUUUAAUAACAAGAUUAAAGAGAGAAUAUAUUAUGUUAAGUACAGAUGGUCCAGGAAGAAACGUGCUUAAGUUCAAGCCUCCACUGUGCUUUACUAUGGACAAUGCCAAAUUAGUUGUGGAGAAAAUGGAUGAAAUAUUAACAGACAUGGAAAGAGAAAAGACAUGUGAGCCAGAAGGAAACCACCAUUAACUUUAGGCCUCAGAUCUAUCUGGCCAAGUAAGCAUUUUAUCUUUUGCAGUUUGUUUAAUUAGAAUCACUAAACUAGUAAUGACAUGCAUUUGGUGUAAAGAGCUAACCAAUCAAAUGUUUCUGUUGUAUUUUUGCAAAAUAGAUGACCCUUCUGAUAUUCUAAUCACUAUUUUGAUUUAUGUAGGAUCACUUCAGCUUCUCAGCCCCCACAACAAUCUAUUCUCCCUCAAGUGAAAUGCCUGGUUUUUGGUAUAAUUAAAUCUUUAUCCUUAAAGCACUUCAAAAUUUGACUACUCCAAUAGCAGCUGGAUCCUUUAGAACCUGCUGCUAUUAAAAGAAUAUCACCCAUUGUGCUGUCUGUUUAUGGUGAUGGAGAGGGGUAGCUGAUUUUCAAUAUAUUUCAUUGUAUUGGUUGCUGAUUAUCUGACUGCUCUACUGAACCCUUGAGUAAGGCAAGGGCAACUUGAUCCAUUCUGGAAUCCACUCUAUUCUCCUUGAGUAAUCAAAGAAGAAACACCAAAUACUCUGAGAGAGUCCAGUAAGUGACAGAACCCUACCCUAUUUCUGUUGAUGUCAUUUGGAAUUUUGGCAGUCAAGGGAGUGGCAAUAAGACCAGAAGCAAAAAAACAAUAUGGUGAACUAAGGAGAAACCCUGAGCUGCUUCUGCAUUGCACCGGAAGUCAACUUUAGUUCAAGCAAAGGCUGUAUUAUCAGCUACAGCAGGUCAUGCCCACAUUACCUGUUUUAUUCAAGCAUGAAAGAGUUGCUUUUGAAUUAGCAUAUAAGCAGCAUACCUUAACUAGUAUUUAGUCUAGGUUUGUGAAAUUAAACAGCGGGUAGAGAAAUCUUAGGGCCUAAUUUAAUUGUUGUUAAGAUUAGAGACAGACUGCUGCAGGGGCUGGAUGUCAGUUUUCAGGUGUAUGCAAUGUAACUGAAUACAAAAAACUUCAUGAAGGUAGUUCUCCUUUUUAGUUGCUUAUUUCCUAUGUCACUAUAGAAGGAACAGUUGCUACAGUACAUGCCAAAGAGUCUGCAACUUUGCUUUAAAUACAAUGUCGGAGGAGAGGCAUUGACCUGGUUAAUUUCCUUCAUGUAAAGAAAAAUAUGAAACCUGAUGCAUAUUCUAGGUCUUAUCUUUCAUCUAUAGGUUCCAGACAGUAAUUUGACAAAAUCUACUACAAAGGAUCAUUAAAUCCCCAUAACUAGUGCACAUUUAAGCUAAACAAUUAUGUUUGAAUCUGCAAUGUUUAGUAAUGCUUCUUUAGCGGUGAAAAGCUUUAGAGAAAAUACACAGGCAUUAUGAUAUAGAAUAGUUUGCCUCAGCUGUAAGCAAAGGUGGUGUGGGAUUCACUUAAUUAGCAGCCAGUUUCAGAAAACAAUGACUACCCAGGAGUUAUUUUCCUAGUCUAGCUCUUACGUACCAUUUUUCAUUUUUCUGGUUUGAGCUAUUCCAGUGACUAUAACCAUCUGAGUUAGGCCAAACAUUCUGCCAUCCCAUAGAACCCAAUGAGACAGCAUGUAGAACCCAAUAAUCAUAUGUAUCUGUCCUUAUUUUGCCAUACUUCAGUGUCUCACCAGGUACACCACUUGAUUUAUUUUGUGCCAAUAUAAGGUCCAAAGAGCUAGACUGGUUUUCAGCCAUAGGUUUCAAACAGAUGGCUCUCAGUCCCAAACUCUGUACCAAAGUUCCCUAUGAAUUGCCUUCUGAGGACAUGUUUAGUGAGGAAAGAGGAGGUCCAAUCUAAACUGCCCACAAAUGGCAUUCUGUGUCCUUGAUGGACACCAGAGUACGUAUGGGCAAUGAAGCAUAACGUAAGAUACCAUUGUACAUGUUGCAUGCUCUCACUGGCUAACCUGAGGUUCUCUUCAACAGCAAUGGAACGUCUCAACUAUAACAAAAAAGGAAUGGUAAACUCUGCUUUGGAGUAUAAGCACCCUCAAUUUUUGCUUUAGGCUCUAAUCACUAUACACCUAGGAUCCAACUCCACAAGUCUGUGUGACAGCCUGCUCCUUAGCCCACAAGCUGCUCUACAUGCACUUGCUGGCUAAUGCACCAUUAUCUCUAGUGAAGUGUACAAGUCUUCUCUGCUGAACUGUUUCUAGAACUAGUUAAAAUAUCUGCUUAUUUCCCACUCCCCCGACCCCCAUAGUUAUGCAAUUAUUUAAGUUUGCAGAGUUCAGCUUGUUU